AUGAGCGGGCGGCUGCUCCUGCUCCUCCGCCUGAUCCUCUGCAUCGUACUUGCCACAAGGCAGCUCGCUCUCGCCGGCGCAGCCUCCAGUUCCACGGUGGUGACCAGCCUCCCGGGGUUCCAGGGCCGCCUCCCCUUCCACCUCGAGACCGGGUACGUGGAGGUGGACGAGGAGAACGGCACCGAGCUGUUCUACUACUUCGUGGAGUCCGAGGCCGGCGGCGAGAAUGACCCUUUCCUCCUCUGGCUCACCGGCGGCGACCACUGCUCCGUACUCAGCGGCCUCGCGUUCGAGAUCGGUCCAUUCAAGUUCGUCGUAGAGCCUUACAAUGGCACCAUACCGAGCCUGGAAAUCAAUCCCAACUCAUGGACCAAGGUUGCGCAUAUCCUCUUCGUUGAUUCGCCGGCCGGGGCAGGAUUUUCCUUUUCCAGACAACCCAAAGGUUACCAUGUUGGGGAAAUAUCUACCUCACUGCAGUUACAUGAGUUCCUCAUCAAGUGGUUUAGGGACCAUCCCAAGUUUCUAUCAAGUCCUCUCUAUAUCGGGGGAGACUCGUAUGCUGGAAAAAUUAUACCAUUCAUCGCACAAAAGAUUUCCCAAGGUAAUGAAGUUGGAAGGAGCCCCCUUCUUAAUCUCAAGGGCUAUAUAGUAGGUAACCCGGCAACAGGUGAAAGGAUCGACGAAAGCUCCAAAGUGCCUUUUGCUCACGGAUUCGGUAUAAUAUCAGAUCAAUUAUAUGAGACGAUAUUGGGGCAUUGCCAAGGACAAGACUACAAGAAUCCUACAAACGUGCUGUGUGCAAAAGCUCUGGGUACUUUCCAUAGUCUCCUCUCUGAAGUUAUGUCGCCGCAUAUUUUGUUGAUCAAAUGCGUUUAUUCAUCUGCUGGACCGCAUGCGGAGAUGGACGAUUCGGCUGGUGCUGACAGGAAGAUCUUAAGCGAGGAAGCAGCUGGAAUCAAAAUGGGGAAACGGCUGGAGCAUCCGCCAGUUCGUCCUCCACUUGACUGUAUUGACUACGCCCACUACCUGUCGUAUUUCUGGGCGAACGACGAGCGCACCCGAGAUGCCCUCGGCAUCAAGGACGGCACCGUGGACGAGUGGGUGAGGUGUCAAGAUGGCGGCGUCCCCUACACCAGAGACAUCCUGAGCAGCAUCAAGUAUCACUGCAACGUUACAGCCAACGGCUACCGCGCGCUUGUAUACAGCGGCGACCACGAUUCGGUGGUGCCGCAUCUGGGGACGCAGGCGUGGGUGAGGUCCCUUGGCUUCCCCAUCGUCGACGAAUGGAGGGCGUGGCAUCUCCAUGGCCAGUCUGCCGGAUUCACCAUAACUUACUCCAACAACAUGACAUUCGCGACCGUAAAGGGUGGUGGUCACACGGCGCCUGAGUACGAGCCUGACAGAUGCUUCGCCAUGUUCAGCCGUUGGAUACUGAAUCAACCACUCUAG